ACUUUAAACAAUAAACAUAAACACAAACAUAAUAGUGUAAGAAAGGGGACAGUCAUUUACAUUUCUGUGUUGUGGGCGUGUACUAUGUGCAUGCAUAUUGACAUGAUAAAAAACUGUAUGCAAAAAAGCAGGAUAUAAAUAGAAGUACGAAUUCCAAUGUAGAUAUAAAUAUAUAUGAGUGUAAAUAAACUAUGUGUGUGUAUUAACAGGAUAUAUACUGUAUGUACAGUUAACAAAAAAUAUCUAUAUACAUUUACACGGUGCAGGACAGACAAAGAUACAGUAUACACAAUAUGAAUUAAGAUGAGAUAUGGAGGUGAAGUGAAGUUUUUUCAGAAGUGGGAAUCGAGUCCGCAGCGACCUUAACAAGAAUAUAUUGUUUUUACUGUACACGUGGCAGCCGUCAAACAAUGUUAUUUAAUCUAUAAACUGUCAUCACCUUCAUAUUUAACGAUUACACCUUCACCUAUCACCUUUAUAUCGCUGCUGCUUGCUUAUAUAUUCAUUUAUAUAUUUAAUCAAUAACUUACAAGGACAGGUAAUACUCAGGGAAACAGUCUGAACGGAGCCAACAGAUUUGCCGGUGCGUCUAUACAGCAGACAUUACGGCUGUAAGCUGCAGACAGCAUGGCAGCCUCCAUGGAGAGCGUUUCUGUUACAUAGCAGCAGUUAUGUCACUUUCCCAAGGAUCCUGAUUUUUAUUUAAAGAAAAGACCUCCUUCGUCUUCUGUCAAAGAAAUUGUCUGCAUCUCACAUGUUGACAAAGAAGCUUCCCCACCUGCAGAGUUUUCUGUUACUGGUUUCCAGGCGUACCAGUCACCUUGCCAGACAGCGGUAUGAUGUCAUCGUGGUGGGUGGAGGACAUGCAGGGACCGAAGCAGCGGCAGCGGCGGCCAGAGUGGGAGCCGAAACUCUCCUGGUCACACAGAAAAUACACACCAUUGGUGCCUUGUCCUGUAACCCGUCUUUAGGAGGAGUAGGGAAGGGCCAGCUUGUGAAGGAGGUGGAUGCUCUUGAUGGACUGUGCGGUCGAGCAGGAGACUGGGCCGGGAUUCAUUUUUCCAUCCUGAAUCGUAGAAAAGGCCCCGCUGUGUGGGGCCCGAGGGCUCAGCUGGACCGCCAGCGCUACCGCCAGUUCAUUCAGUCCGAGCUGCUGUCUACUCCCAGGUUGACGGUGCUGGAGGGCUCAGUGGAGGAGCUGCUGGUUACGGAGCCAAACCCAGAGAAGCCCGGAUGCCACAGAGUCACUGGGAUACGUUUGGCAAACGGAAGCCACCCGAUCUCAGCCAGCUCUGUGGUUCUUACUACUGGUACUUUCUUGUCUGGCUCCCUCUUCAUGGGCCAGACCACUUCCCCCGGGGGUCGGAUAGGAGAUGCUCCAUCAAGUGCUGGGAUAUCCCACACGCUGAGAGAGAGGCUGGGGUUAAGGAUUGGUAGACUCAGGACUGGUACUCCUCCAAGGAUUGUGAAGGAUUCAGUAAAUCUUUCCCAGGCUGAGCUUCACCCCCCUGACAGUCAUCCGACCCCCUUCAGCUUCCUUAAUACCCACACACGCUGCAAGCCUGAGGAGCAGUUGCCGUGCCACCUGACCUUUACUACUGCUGGAGUAGAGAGAGUGGUGAAGGAGAGUCUUCAUCUCAACUGUCACAUACAGCAAGACACCAAGGGUCCCAGAUACUGCCCCUCCAUUGAGUCGCGAGUGCUACGUUUUCCAGGCCGAAAGCACCAGGUGUGGUUGGAGCCUGAGGGGGUGAACUCUGACCUUUUGUACCCUCAGGGUCUGUCCAUGACUAUGCCUCCUGACAUGCAGCUCCGCCUCAUCAGAGAAAUCCCUGCUAUGCACCAAGCUGAGAUCCACACACCUGGUUAUGGCGUGCAGUAUGACUUUGUGUGCCCCACUCAGCUGAGCCCUGCCCUGCAGGUGAAAAGCACUCAAGGUCUCUUUCUGGCCGGACAGAUCAACGGAACAACAGGAUAUGAAGAGGCGGCUGCACAGGGCUUGUGGGCGGGGGUCAACGCUGCUCGCUUGGCGCUCUCCAUGCCUCCAGUGGCGCUAUCUCGGACGGAGAGCUAUAUCGGGGUUCUCAUCGAUGAUCUGGUGAGCCGAGGUGUUACAGAGCCCUACCGCAUGUUCACCAGUCGAGCUGAGUUUCGCACCUCUCUAAGGCCGGACAACGCUGACCUCCGCCUCACGUUGAAAGGAUUUGAGGAGGUGGGAUGUGUGUCCUCAUUGCGCUACCAGGAGGCUGUGAGAGUGAGGGACAGUCUCCAAGAUGCACUAGCAGCUCUUCAGGCUCUCGUUCUGUCCACCGCAGCCUGGAGGAAAAAGCUGCCCGACAUGCGAAUGAGUGAGGCGAAGAGCACCGUUCUGACUGGUAUGGAUGUGCUGCAGUACAACGAUAUGUCCUUUGAAAGGUUGGCAUCUGUCUUCCCAGAAUGCCUUUCACUUUACAUGGAAUUCGCACAAAGACUCAAGAUCGAAGCUGUUUACAGGCCUCACUGUGACCGGCAGAAGAAAGAGAUUGAGAGGAUUCAGAAGGAGGAGAACAUGUCUCUCCCACAGGACAUAGACUAUUUCUCUCUGCCGGUGUCUCUGUCUCAGGAAGUCAGAGAGAUUUUGGACAGAGUUCGACCCAGCACUCUGGGUGCUGCUACACGUUUGCAAGGAAUAACUCCUGCUGCUAUAGUCCACCUCCUCAACUAUGUACACCACUCGGGGCAAAAGGAGAGAACACACAGAAACCAAAAUGACCAAAAGGAGGAGACAGAAGAGGAGCUGUGUGCACAAAAUGCAUCUUUACCUCAGUGAAAUGAUGACUCGUAAAAUGUCUUGUAAAAAUGUGUGUAUUCUUGAAA